AUGGGAUAUCGUUUAAUGUGUCAAUUUUGGACAUAUGAUGUCUUUUAUCAUCCAGCAAUUAUUCAAGGCAAUUAUGAUUAUCUAAUGAGAAUGGAUGAUGACUCAUACUUUAUAUCUUCAUAUGAGGAAUCAUUCGACUUGAUGCAUCCAAUCCUGCAACGUUUUCUCAAUAAAAAUAGCCUUCAACGUGGUUGUAUUUAUAAUAAUUUCUUUGUUAUUCGUUUGAAAUGGUAUUAUGAAUCCAAACGAGUUCAAAGUUUUGUUCAUGAAUUGAUUCGAGAUAAUUUAAUGCUUCGCGAAUAUAUUGGCGAUGGAUGUGUUCAUUCAGCUAUGCUUGAAAUUGAUAAACAAGUUAAAAUAGAACGUAUGACUGAUAUUUCAUAUGGUCAUAAUACUCAUCUAAUGUCAAGAGGUUCUGUAGAUUUUAGGUUUUAUGCUGUUGAUGGAUUUUGGAAAGAAAUUCUCCAUUCUUGCUAA